CGAAAUGAAAAUUUAGUUUUUAUAAAAUUAAAAUUAAAACCAAAACCAAAACCUAUGCAACAAAAGCAAAUUUACUUAAAAUAGAAGGGACUACACAAACUAUGGUAAAUCUUGUUGCAGCGGAUUAUUUCCCUAGUAUUUCGAAUUGCACACAAGUUUUUUCUCUAGUUGCUUUAUGGGUUUUUGACUGUCAAAGACUGAACCUUUGAAGAAAGGUUGUGCUGCUAAAACUCCAAAACUUCUUCAAAGCAAGGAAAAGGUGAUUGUUUAUUUCUAUGUCGAACAAGAUGUACAAAGGUUCUCUUGGAGGUAAACCCGGCAGAAAAAAUCAGAAUGCCCAAGCUAAACAACACGCUGAUGAACUAAAAAAGGCUGAAGGAUCAUCUUCCAAGAUAAUCACAGAACCAAUGUACAGAAAGGUGUUCCAUGACAUAAGGAAAGAUUGGAGCUUAGGAACUGGACAGAUUAUUGGACCCGUAAUGAACCAAGGUUUAAAAGAUAUAUGUUGGGCUGUCUGUUUUUCUCGCCUUUCACAGGCUAAUCACAACAUAGACAAUCCCAAUAAUCCACUUGAGUUCUCUUACAAUGAUUUGAUCAAUCAAGUGAAGCCUAAGAAGAAAGAAGAGUUAGCACUGUCCAAUCUCAAAAAAGCUUUUAGGCUUAUUAAAGACCCUGGAAUGUUGAAAGUGUCAACAACAAGACAUGGAGCAAUGGAUGGAGGAGAUAAAGGGCAGCGUAUUAAAUUUGACUUUGAUCUUUACGAAGAUGUUGAUGCUGCGUACAUUCAACAGUUGUUGGAUGACUCCUAUCCUGUUGCACUGAGGUUACAGUUGGAUUUUCAAUUUUCAUCAAAUAAGGGGGAGAUCUACUAUUUGCCAAGGAAGGAGAUCAUUACCCCGAGCAGUCGACUACACAGCAUUAUUCUUAUGGGUUAAAGAAGGGAAGCUCUACUUCAUUGGUCAGAAUUCAUGGGGUACAGGAUGGGGUUGUGAAGGCUAUAUCCAAAUAGUCAUUGAAGAAAAAUGUGACAUCAUUUGUCUCAAGCAUUAAUCAGCAGGGUCUUCAGACUUUUUCAAGUAUUAAGGUUGCGAGACAUGAAAGUUUUUCCUAUUUGGUAUUGAUGAAUUUCUUUUAACCACAAAGAAUGAUUGUGAAACUCACUGUUAUUUAAAGAAUCUUUGGAGAUAGUAUUUAAAGUAUUUUGUAAACAAAUAGUUGAUGACUCAGAAAAUAGGAUGAAUAAACUUAUGAUAAUAUGAUAACAUGCUAGUUAUAUUCAUUGUUAAGAAGAAAAGAAAAAAAAACACAGGUCACAAGACUUGAUUAGUCCAGCCAACGCUAAACAAAUUUUCAUAGGAUAUCCUUGACAUAUAACUAAAACAUAGUUUUAAAUCCAGGAAAUAUGCAAAUAAUUUAAAUGUAGAGGUUGACAUACAAACUAAAACAUAGUUUUAAAAUCCACGAAGUAUGCAAAUAGUUUAAAUGUAGAACAUAAACAA